CUUUAGGAGAGCAAGUCGAAGGCUGAAGACAAGAGCAGAAGGCACUGCAAGAGUGUAGACGGGAUUCUUGACAUUUUACAUCUUGACUUUAUCAGACAGAAUGUCUCUUCCUCCCACAAGCGUCCCCGCAAACUUCAGCCAUGCAGUUAUACAGGAAUGCCAAAACAACCCGAAUAGCACUAGGUGUUCUUUUGACAAUAAGGAAUGGACCUUCAUGAUAACAGUCUAUAUCCUGAUCGUCGCUGUGCUGGGAAUCAUGUUUAAUCUGUUCGUCGUGAUGGUAUUCUGUCUCCACAAGAAGGCCUGCACUGUGCCUGAGAUCUACUUGAGUAACUUGGCUGCUGCUGACUUCAUCCUGUCGUCCUUUCUGCCCUUCUGGGCUGUGUAUACAGCCAACAAAUUCUCCUGGCCCUUCGGUAGUACCAUGUGCCAAAUAGCCGCUCUUUGCAUCGUAAUGAACGCCUACUGUAGCAUCUACUUCCUCGUUCUGGUCAGCAUAGAUCGUUACUUGGCACUGGUGCACCCGCUGUCCCAUGAAAGAAUGCGCAGGCCAAAGUAUGCCAAACUGGCUUGUCUGCUGGUGUGGGCUUUGGGCUUGCUCCCGGGUGUUCCUGUACUCAUGUAUAGGAAAGUGGAAUACAAUCCUUGCACGAAUAAAUAUAUAUGCUUUAUUGCAUACCCAAGUACCAAGAUAGAGCUGCUGUCUGAGGCUAUGCUGAUUACGUUCAGCUUCAUCAUCCCCAUUUUCAUUAUUUCCUUCUGCACUUUCAAAAUUAUUCGAGCUCUGAAUCACAGGUUAAAUGCCCAGAAUACGGAGCAUAAGGCCACCACUCUGGUCCUGGCGGUCCUCUUGUCAUUCCUGGUCUGCUGGGUGCCAUUCCACCUGGUGAAGAUAAUAGAAAUGCUUAUUAUUGCCAAGGUCUUGGAAGGGUGUGACCUUUACAGACACAUAGAAGCCACCAAACUGAUCGUCAUAUACUUAGCCUUCUUCAACAGUGUUCUCAACCCCAUCCUCUACGUCAUUGUGGGAAAAAAAUUCAGAAAAAAAGUAAAGGAAGUCUUCAAGCAGUGGAGCGCUGGGAGAACAUCGACCCUCAGCCUCAACUCUGUACGCUCAUACCUGUCGAGAAGUGAUAAAAGUGGGGAUGUCUCGGGCAGAUCUGCUAGACAGCAAUCCUUUAAAUAAGCAUGCAUGUUUAUUUUAGAUGCAUGACGUAACCUUUGGAGGGUUACCCAUUAGAUCCUGUUCAUUAUGGUAGGGUUUGAACCCUCCCGCUUUCAUUAUUUGCUCCAGUUGGACCAUAAUCCAGGGCUUUAGGUAAGAGGAGGGAGAGUGUAUGUGUUCAAUGUAUGCUGUCACACUACGCUUUUCACCUUGCUGGGAUCUUUUCCCAGUUUUAAACCUUUCUUGACACACUCGCACAUCCUCACGUCUUUGAUGAUUAGAUGUGUUCGCAAACUUUCAAAAUUCACUUGAGUGCGUCCGGCCUGUUUCAUCUGGGCAACACUUCAGGAGGAAAGUAAGGCAGAGGGAGGACAAGACAUCAACACCGAAGACGUCAACGCUCCGUGGUGUCAACGGACCACAAGAAACUAAGUGUGUGGCCAUUUUUAAUGCAAUGGCUCAGAUUCGUCUCUCUCUCUCUCUCAUGACAUCCUGUUGACAUUUCGUAGGCCACCACUUCUGGUGCAACUCUACAGGAUAUGGACCUCAAAUUAAUGCAUUUGCCAUUCUAACACUUAUGCCCCAACUGUUGUUUCAUUGAAAAUGCUUUCAGACUUAACACAAUAAUAAUACUGCUACAUAAUUAAACAGCACUGUGUUUUAUACUGCAGAAGUAAUGGGCACAAAACUAAGAUAAUGGAAGUAAUGUAUAAAAGAGGCGGAAACAAAGUGUUUAAAGUCUUAAUAUGAUACUUUAAUUGUAGGAUGUUCCAUGUGGCUAUGUGUGUCUGAAUCUAUUUCUCCAUAGAUAGUGUUGCUCUUACUGAUAUUUUAAGGCUAGAUCAAACCCUGCCAUAUUAUAUAUCCAUGUAAUAUUACUGUAACCCUCUAACCGUAACCUUUCUGUCUGACACUGUAACUCUUGCAUUUUCUUUUCCUUUGACUCUAAAAAGCAUUACCACCUACACACUGUGUGCACAUUUGCAUACAUUUGUUGAUUUGUACAGAUGGUUUACUUCAGUCACACAUUCACAGUAACCUGAAUAGUAGUGACCCACACAGUCACGCUGGUAUCUCUUUACAGUGUGAACACACUUCACUGUUUCUGAAAUAAGUAUGUAUGUUAAUCAGUUGUGAAACUAUUGCAUAAUCAACUUAAUGUAACACCCAGAGUCGCAUAAAUGCAGCAGUAAAAUCUUUUGUCAGCAUUGCAAAGUUUGGACGAGGCUUUUCCACAAUGAAUAAAAGUAAAAUUUCUUCUUGUUCAGGACAAAAUAUUGGAAAUACCUUGGCAAUAAUGCCAAGAAAUCUUUGUGCACACACACAACAGUGUUAGUUGGUCUAAGUCAAACUAACACAUUGGUCUAUAAGCUGUAAUGAAUGUUUUCAAGGAAGAGCUUGGGAAUAAUAUUACAGUUGCCCUGCACUUUCUCUGUAUUUACCAAGUUAAACUGGGAAAUAGAACAUCAAAGGAAACUGACUGGCCAAGAAUCUACUUACUGAUUUCCCAGAGAUUAACAAUGACAAUGUUUUUACUGCUGAUGAGAAAUGUGGUGUUGAAAAUAAGCAAAAGAGAAAUAGAAAUAAAAAGAAAAUAUAAAUAUUUGCUUUAUGGUCAAAGUUCACCAAACUCACAGUAACAUCUGUUUACAUGUCUUGACAUUUGAAUGUGGGAAUGAGACGAUUUCUCUGUUUUUGCUGCACCCAUUUCAAUGUUUCAGAGGCGCAAUGCUAAGUGGAGAACCCGGUUAAUGUUCUCAUACUCAGAGGAGAUUUUAUUUUCAUUCAUCACAUCACAGAUCACUGUCACAACUUUAUAUAGUCAGGUUCAACCUUGUUUUUCCACAAGACAGUCUCUCAUGGUAACUGCAUUUCUUGAAAUGUCUGUAUUACUCUGUACUUAGACUGCUUAAAUACAAUGU